AUGCAAGAAGGCGACUUAUUCACCACUCCUUCCUAUGCUAUACCCCACUCGAAUGUCUCUUCUCCACAACUCGCACCACAACCCUACCAAGCUCCCAGUCAGCGGCAGGGCAGCUCACUCGACUCGUAUCGUGAUGAACCAGAGAAUGUUGGUUACCCUCCAGCCUCGCCGGUCGCCUCUGGCCUCUUGUUACCAGGAGGAGCCGCCAGCCAAGCGGGCUACAGCGCUUACCCGGGAAACCCUCUGCCCCAAAACGCGUAUGCAAGUAGGUACAACGGAGCAGACAGUCCAUACGUCCCAGGUCGUGCCUCAGCCGAUCAACGAAGGAAACGGCGACUCAUUGGAUUGGCUGCAGUUAUGGGCCUUAUUAUCGUAGCAGCUGCAGUCAUCAUACCAGUCUAUUUCGCUGUCAUCAAGAAAAACAACAGCAGCAAAGCCACUUCUGCGACAUCUUCAAAUCCUAGUAGCGGCAGCCCCAGCAGCAGUGGGGACCCCGGCGGUGGUGAAAAGCCGACAAGUGCUAUAACUGGCUCCGAUGGAAGCACGGUACUAACUGCGGAUGGAACUUCGUUUGUUUACAAAAAUCAGUUCGGUGGUUUCUGGGUUGAUGACCCAAGUAACCCAUUCCUCAACUCUGCAGCACCCAAUUCGUGGACACCGCCAUUGAAUCAGUCUUGGACGUGGGGGAAGGACAAAGUAUACGGUGUCAAUCUAGGAGGAUGGUUCGUGCUAGAGCCUUACAUUGCUCCGGCCUUAUUCCAGAAAUACCCGUCAGCUGCGGACGAAUGGACCUUGUCGACUAUGAUGCGCGCCGAUGGUACAUUAGAGAGCACCAUGGAAAAUCAUUACGACACCUUCAUUACUGAGCAAGAUUUCGCGGAGAUUGCUGGUGCUGGCCUCAAUUGGGUGAGAAUCCCUAUACCGUUCUGGGCUAUCAGUACUUGGGCAGACGUUGGUCAAGAUGUGACUAGCGCUACAGUUUCCGAGCCCUUCCUUGAAGCAGUCUGUUGGAAAUACAUCAUCCGCGCUCUGAACUGGGCAAGGAAAUACGGUCUCCGGGUCAAUCUCGAUCUCCACACUGCCCCUGGGUCACAGAAUGGCUACAAUCACUCGGGGAAACAGGGUCAAGUCAACUUCUUGAAUGGACCGAUGGGUGUUGCGAACGCACAACGAAUGCUGGACUACAUCCGUAUUGUUAUCGAGUUCGUUUCACAAGACGAGUAUAAAGACUUGGUUCUGAUGGUUGGGAUAAUCAACGAGGCUCUGCUUCGCACCAUUGGCAGAGACCAACUUACCUCUUUUUACCUUCAGGCCCAUGAUAUGAUCCGCGGAAUCACCGGCUAUGGCACUGGUAAUGGACCAUAUAUCAGCAUUCACGAUGGGUUCGAUAUGUCUUUAUGGGACGGUUUCCUGCCUGGCUCUGACCGCAUUAUUCUCGACACACACCCCUACUUUGCCUUCAAUCAGCAACCCAACACCGCGCCGAUUGGGCUGUCUUCUGACCCUGCGACCGCUGGCGGAGUUUGGCCAAAACAAGCUUGCGAUUCGUGGGGCCCGGGCAUCAGUGCUAGUCAGACUGCUUUUGGUGUCACCGUCGCGGGCGAGUUCAGCAACGGCUACAACGACUGUGGGCUAUAUGUGACGGGCGUCAACGGGAGCCAGACCUACGGUGGAGACUGCACGUUGUUCCUGGACUCUGCCAGCUGGAACGCGUCGAUGAAGGCGGGCUUGAUGCAAUUCUCGCUUGCGAGUAUGGAUGCGACCCAGAAUUGGUUCUUCUGGACUUGGAAGAUUGGUGCUGCCGCCAAUGGUAUUGUCGGUGCCCCGCUUUGGUCGUACAAGCUGGGUCUUGAGAAUGGGUGGAUACCUCCGGACCCCAGGAAGGCCAUUGGUGUGUGUACGGGACUGGGAGCGGGCCAAGCCGAGCCGUUCGAUGGAACGUACAGCGCUUGGCAGACGGGCGGGGCAGGCGCCGGCACCAUUGCGCCCUCAGCAUCCGCCAAGUUUGGUACCUGGCCGCCCGUCUCGAUCGCUAAUGUCGAGGCUGCUUCACUGAAGGCCAUGCCGACCUAUACCCCAACAGCGAGCAUAACCACGCUCACUUACGCAACACCGACGGCUAAGGUCGCUGUUCCCUCGCCGUCUAUUGGGCUCGGGAAUGGCUGGAAGAAUGCAGGGGAUAAAACUCCAGCGAUGACCGCCGUCGCAGGCUGUGUUUACCCUAAUGCUUGGGGAGCAUUGACGCUGCAAGCGCCUGCCGCGCUUUCAAGUUGCACUGGGGCGUGA